CACGUUAGAUUCCCUGGUGGGCCGAAUAUUUUUUCUCUCUCUCUUUCUCUCUCUCUCUCUCUUUCUCUCGCUCUCUCUCUCUCGCUCUCUCUCUCACUGGCUGAAUGAAGGCAUACAGUCGCCGCCGCCUUUCCUGUUUAUUCCUGCCGCCCUCCCUCUUUCGUUCGGCAGGUCCCCUCCUUGUCUGUUUGUCGUCGCUUGUUUCUUUCCUCCCCUUCCUACCUCGUGGUCCUCAUCAGCACCCUCCUUCUCUUCCGCCUUCAACGCCGCACAAUCUUUAGCUGGCAGUGCUCCAUUUCUUCUGUUAGCCAACGCGUUUUUCGGGCCGUUUAUUAAGCCACGGAGACCAGGAAGGAACAUAUGCAAACGGGCCUAAAGUAAGACGUGGAAGUGGGACGUGAGGAGUCGUUUUAUACCCUUUUUUUUUCCCCCUGGAUGAGGGCGUCACGGUGCCCGCUAGCCUGGAAUGCAGACUCCAUUUGAACAAGCUGCACCUAUUUGUCUUGGACGUUUCAAGGACGCGGACCUGCCAAGUGACUUUUUGGGACAAACGCGCACUGCGGUGACUGCUUCUGUCUCAGCAUGUUGACGUGAAUGGAGUAGCGACGCAGGGUGGGCCUGGCACUGGCACCCCACCUCCACAUCCCCUCUCCACUAUGCCACACAUGAUAUCCCCCGAGUAGUUUAGUUUAUUCGCCCCCCCCAUGGACUCUGCUAUCUCAUCCCUGUCCAACUUCAGCUGUUACUUUUCCCAGGAAGAGCCAAUAAAACACAGCACAGAAAUCCCCGCGGACAUUUUCCAUCCGCGCAUCGUCGUUUCCAGUUGCUCCAAGUGAGUUUGCUCGGUCAUGGCGGUGAGUGUGAGCCUGGGCCGGGACACCAAAUGGCUGACCCUGGAAGUGUGCCGCGAGUACCAGAGAGGCACCUGCUCGCGCUCGGACGCCGAUUGCAAGUUUGCCCACCCGUCGCGUAGCUGUCAUGUGGACAACGGCAGAGUCAUCGCCUGCUUCGACUCGCUCAAGGGCCGCUGCGCGCGAGAGAACUGCAAAUACCUGCAUCCUCCGCCACACCUCAAAACCCAGCUGGAGAUUAACGGCAGGAACAACCUGAUCCAGCAGAAGGCCGCUGCCGCCAUGUUGGCUCAACAGAUGCACUUCAUGCUACCUGGAGCGCAACUGCAGCCUAUGACAACGUUCUCUGUGACUCCCUCGCUGGCGAAUAGUCCCAGUAUGCCAUUUAGUCCCUACCUAAACCACAUGGGCCCGAGCAUGGGCUUGAUGCCUGACCUGCUGCCCAGCACUUCCCUGCUGGUCCCCGGAAGUCCAACCGGCCUGUCUGCCAUGGGCAAUGCUGCGGCCCCGCCCAAACACUCCCGCACCGAUAAGCUGGAGGUUUGUCGCGAAUUCCAGCGUGGGAACUGCACUCGCGGGGAGAGCGACUGUCGCUAUGCGCACCCCCUAGAGGCCGCCAUGGUGGAUUGCAAUGAGAACUGUGUAAUCGUUUGCAUGGACUACGUGAAGGGACGCUGCGGCCGGGACAAGUGCAAAUACUUUCACCCUCCUACUCACCUGCAGGCCAGGAUCAAGGCUGGACACAAUACGGCUUCUGCCGCCUUGGGUGUUCCGGCAGGAGGCGUGCAGUCGCUACCAAAGAGGCAAAUGUUGGACAAGAGCAACGGCGCCCCCGUCUUCAACCCAAACAUGUUCCACUACCAGCAGGCCCUUGCCAGCAUGCAGCUGCAGCAGCCGGCCUUCAUCCCCACUGUUACCAUGAUGCACGGCGCCCCCGCCUCCUCCUCCGCCGUUUCGUCGGCCUCCAGCGCAGUCGCCGAUGUUCCUUUCACUGAAUCCGCCACCUCCGAUCAGUAGAGCUUUCUGAACUUGUGACUCCCGAUCCGGUGGAGCUCCAGUGCAUCCCCAUGAAUAUGGAGGCCCACCUGUAUCCUGUUCCCAAACUGCUGAUGGGGGCUCUCGUGGCCUUGGAUUCAGUAAGCCUUUCUCCAAAUGCUACUUAAGGCCCUACCCAACCCCUCCAAAAAAAAUAAAAGACAAAUGUGUGCCUCUUUAACUGCACGCCAACUUUAGAGGUUGCGCCCAAGGGACGCCACCUUCUUCUCAGCCAUAAUAACCGACACCUUAAAAGUGCACCAGAUGUGCAUGCUAACUGAGCCGGAACAAGAGUUGGCUAAGUCCAUUUUUGUUUUUUUGCAGGAAAGGGAUUUAAAGUUUUAUGGUGGUGGACAUUGAUUUUUUUUUUUUUUUUAAUAAUUUAUCAUUUUUUGACAGAAAUGGUUCUUGUUCUUACAUUUUACAUUAUAAUUUUGGACUGACCAUUUUAUAUAUUCAUAUGAGAUCAUAUUGUGACAUUGUAAUCCACGACCAAGGGACUGUCAUCAUCUUCAAUGUCAUAGUAUCAUCUCGAUCAGAAGUGAUAAAAAACUGCUCCUUCUCCUUAAAAAAAUGAGGGGUAAAUGUGGGGAAAACAUUAAAAUAUCAUAUAAAUAAAUAUUGGGGGUAAAAAAAUAUCAACUGUACUUUGCGGUUGUUAUCCCACUAAUCACCACUAAAUAGCAAACGCCUACUUUCUUUUGAUUCGUCUACAAAUCUUGGAAGCUCACUUUUGAAGCUACGGAAAUGAAAGUUGGCCCAGUGUUUCACUGGUAGCUUCAGAAACGCGCUAAUAGCAAUUGUGGACUUGAAAACUUGAUUUUGACCAGUAUUCAUCUGAAUAUGACAACAAUGGCGUUAGCCCACUCUGGUUCUUGGUAGCUCAACAAAAUAUAAGACACAGACAAAGAAGAGGAAAGGAUAGUUAGACUCAUCUCAAAGCCAACCUUGUGAAUGUUGAUAACCAACGGAGGGAAGAUGGAGUCGAGUUGAAUGACAGACUUCUGACAAACUAUCACAAUGUGUUUGCGGAUGGCCUUGCGUGUAAAUCCUUCUACGUUUCAUUUGUGCGAUAUUCACUUGUGCUUAUAAUGUUGACUUCAUUGGGAUUUUAAUUUUAGCUGCAGAGGAGACGUCAUGCAAACGCAAAACAAUGUUCAGGGAACACACGCUCACUGUCAUAUAUUUAAAAAAAAAAAAAAAAAACGAAAGUGUAUGGGAUUGGUACAAAGCCAUGAUAUCGAGAGAUUAUCAAUUAUGAAAAAAAGUAUUUACCCUGUAUGACGGUGGUGCUCAAACCCCUGUUGUAUAAAAAAAAUAACUAAGAUGAAUAGAAAAGAAUUUGAUCAUAAUAGAUCACAUAUAAAUGAUAACUACUGUAGUCGUAAAAAAUGAUGGCAGGUGCAGAAAUGAUUGUGUUAGACUUUUAUUGCAUUAUUAUUAUUGUUGUUGGUUUUAUACUUGAAAGGCAGUUAAGAAUGUUGACAUGUUACUUCCAACAUUGCCUGGACAGUUGGACCAGUUUAAGUGGAUUGGUUCUAUUUUCCUACGGGAAAGUUAUGUUGAAAAAAGCGUCCAUUAUAGUUGUGUACAGCUAAAAAAAAAAAAAAAAAAAAGCCAUUCACAGUAACGUUUGUGUUUCACUCAGUCUAUCUAUAAACAUAUCCUACUAUAUACACAAUAGAAUACUGAAUCAUUCAAUCAUCAUCAAUUAACUGAUCACACGGGUGACAUUAUGGCAACGGUUUUGUGUUCAAUGAAGAUUGUAAAAGCUACAUUUUGAUCUCAAGACAAAAAAAAAAAAAGUGACUUUACCAUGCUGACGUUAGACUGAAUGCAAACACUUCAAUCGGGCCAAAGUCAUCCACUAUUAUAUGCAAGGAACUGCACCAUUUAAUGCAAUGCUGGAUUCAAAUGUACAUAUUCACUUUUUAAAUGUCAUUUUCGUUCUGUUUAAAAAGUUUUGGGGUUUAAUGUUUGACAUCAUAGAAUCCAUUCCUGUGUUUGAUGGCCCUCAAAGGGCGCUUGAAACUUGAAACAAGAUCCCAUCGUUUUGUCAAAAGACUUUAAAGAUGAACAAAAUUUGCAAAGGAAUUAUUUUAGUUGGGUGGACAUUGUGUGUCAAUUGUAGCUUGCAAAAUCCCUUCAAUCUAAAUUGUAACGUGCCUCUUUCAAAUGGAUUCAUUGUCCCUAUACUUUAAGAUAAAAUGUUGGAUUUUGUUGUCACGCAUUACAUGAGAACACUUUUUAAGGCAGCUGUGCUGUUUUAUUGAGUGUCAGUGUGGUAGGUUAGUAUGUGAUGAUGAACGGCAUAGGAGGCGUUUUAAUAAAUCAUGUCUCUGUUUUGGUGAAUGUAUCCAACCCUUGGAUGCGAAUAGUGGCCCUGUAAAAAAUGCUGACAUAGAUUUACGAAAUCACUUUGUUGCCACGCAGAAAAGAUGAUUUAAUUUUAUUUAUAUGGCAUUGGUCGAUGUAUCAGGGAGCUAAUGGGGAUUUUUGAAGUCAAUACUUUAUUUUUGUUUAAAAAACAAAAAUAUAAACAGUGGUGACAGACAGUCCACAAGUCUUCUUUUUUGGGGGGUAGGGGUCGCUCGCUGUGCUGGCCGAUGUCCACCCUCUACGAAUGUGUGACCUUCACCUUGUUUGCACUUAUGUAUAUAUUAGAGAACUGUCUGACUAUCCCUCCAAAUGUUUAUUUUGAAUAAAUUUAGACAAAAGCGUCUAAAAUAAUCGUCAACCAGUGUAUUGUUAAUAUUACUGUACGUCUAUUGAGUACAGUGGAACGCUUUUACUUAAUAUUCUUUUCUUUAAGUGUGUAUUAUUUUUGGACUUAUGUAAUGCUUUUUUUUUUUUUAUUAUUUAAAAGAGGCUGUUAAAUUUGAAUCAAAUCCUACGUCGGUGUCAAAUAAUUGAGAGGAAUUUGAAAACUCAACGACUGUUGUGUCUCUAGCAAUAUGACUAAAAUGUAAAUUGGACCUGUUGUAGCCUAUUGCUAAUCUAUGCUAGCGCAUAAGUAAAGUUCUAAUUACGGUAAAUAUUUGUAUUUUCUUUAAUGCCUUGAUUAUUUAAUGAAUGACUCCUAACUAUUUGGUGGGGGUGGGCAUUUGACAGCAGCAACAUAACUCGAAUAUGUGCUUUAUUUGGUAGCCUCCCACUUAUGUAUGCUAACCUAAAGUCAGAAUCUGUGUAAAUAGACGUACGGAAAACAUCUUUAGGCCAGGAUGUAGCCAGCAAACUAUCUGAAAUUCAUUGCAUGCACGGCCAACGUGUUGAUAAUUUGCCUCAUAGGAUCCCUUGGUAGCUGUUGCUGGCGGGUGGCUAGUGGAGGACUCCCGAGAGACUGUUGAUAUUAGUCCAUAUCAACGACAUCACUAGAUUGGGGGCGUCAGAAACACUAAAUUGAGCACGUUCUCCCAAAACUUUGAAUUUUACUCUGCGUUUUUGCCACAGUCGCAGCGUUUAGAUGUCCGCUCUUUCUUUUUUUGCUCCUGCAGCCAGCUGUUUUGUUUCAAUAGCGCUGCCCCCGGCUAGAGUGAGUCAUCCUGAUGAAUUGUUUCACAGCCCUCCAACAUAUGAACACUAGUGCUGACAGGGAAGGGAUGGAAAGCCAUUUGAUCAUUUAGCCCGUAUCUUUGAGGCCCAGGUUAAGUAAGCUGCUUGUCCUCAUAAAUAAGACAGCAUAGUGCACUAGUAGAACAACGGUGUCUUACUAGUAGUACGGAUUUUUGGAUGACUAAUGCCUGCUGGUACACCAUACAAUUAAACUGGUACCCCAUGUAAACAACUGUGCUAAAUUAGUAACACCACUAGAAACUAGUCCACCCUUUGUACUCAAUAAGAAGACUUUUUAGUGAACUAGUACAAUGACUGUGCCUUACUAAUAAUCUUUUUUCUACCACUAGUUCCACUUUUGACCUCUUGUGCCCAAUUAAACCUUACUGAUAAAUGACUGCUGUGCUAGUAAUACUACUAGGUCCAAAUUAUAGGCAUGUCAUGCACUAGUAGCCUACUGAACCCUACUAGUAGACAAAUGGCCUGUUAUUGAGCAGAAAUGUUAUACAGCAACUCGUGGUCUCUACUAAUGUACUGAUUUGUCCCGAUGCACUUGAUAUCAGCUGAGUGUCCAUGUACUAGUAGGACAAGCAUGCCACUAGUAGUGACAGAAAAAGAUUACUGAAUCGCUAAUCAUUUUAAUCGCCCACCCUAGUUCUACUGGUGUGCCGAAAUGUCCCACUGCAUUGGUGGGGAAAACAUACCUACUAAGACACAGUCAUUCUACCAUUGCGCUGAAUUUUUUUUACUAAUGAGUGCAUACAAGUGUAUGGACUUUAACUAGUAGUUCAACUUUGACAUACUUGUAGAACCUUGUGCUAUUAGUGCAGCAAAACUUCACGAGUUGAUAAUUGGCUGCUAUUAGUUUAGUAGUUCUACUAUGAUAUAAAAUUCUACCAUUACCGUUAACGUCCUGUGCUUCACUAGUAGUACACAGACUAGUCAACUAGUGUCGUUUUGCCUCACUGAUAGCAUAGUUGUCCUAAUAGUAUGUCAAACUUGUCCUGCGACUGAGACAAAGUAGUAGCACGCAGAACUAUGUGUGCCUUUAGGACACAGUAGUGGUUUUCUGUUCAUAUUGUCUGUUUAUUUUGAUACUUGUGUCCAAAAUAUUCAAGGAACAUACCAAGUUGUAGUUGGGAAGUUUGAGAAUAAGCCAUAUACCAGGAAAAACUGCUGUUUAUUGUUUGCCUCUGUUUCUUCUUCUUGUGCUUUUUACAUGCCACGCUACUUGUCAAUUGUAUACAUUGUUGUUAUGAUUGUUAUUAUGACGAAGGUACCGUGCCUAUUAUUCUGCACUUUCUGUUUGACCUUUAAUAAAUACACAUUGUGAUCUCA